AUCUGUUUUGUUGCUUAUUAACGACCAUGACGCUGCUGCACUGCCCUCCGGCACGGGCUUCCUGGGUUCCUGGACUCUCUUUCUUUCUUUGCAGAGCUUCGAUUCUUCCUAUCUGUCUGUGCCUAUCGACUGCUAUACUCCACUCCGUAUUCCUAUCUAUUCCUCCUUUAGCAUCAUCCUCGCUCGACGUGCUCCACUCUCCGUGUCUCUCUGUCUGUCUGCUACAGUCUACUACUGUACCUUACUCCUACUACUCACCUCGUUCCAAUCCUCCCCCCCCCCACGUCCCGCGGCUCGAGGCUGACAGCUUUUACUCAGCGAUGAUGCUAUUUCCGCCCCCCAGGCCCCUCCUCGCACUCGGUCCCGGUCAGCCACAACGGCCCCUAGACCCAUCGCGCAUCGCAUCUGCUUCCCGUCUGUGCCUUUGUGAUAUUCACUUGUCUGGUCUGACGACACUGCGCCCUCGACUCAACCUUUCCCUUUCGCUAUUCCUCUUCCUCAACCUUCCCUUCCCUUCCCUUCCCUCCCCUCCCCUGCUUCGCGGCAUAGCUCGUUCCCUCCCCCCGCGGCUUGAACUUGCAUACGAAGUACAGUACUCUCUAUGCCAUCUGCCCCUCCUUCCACCAUCCCACCACGGCUGCCUUGUGCUAUCCUCCUACCAUGGCCGGGCAAGCUGCGGAGGCUAUAAGGCGGUCGCAUCUCCCCGUCCAGAUGACUCUUCUCUUCUGCAUCAUCGCUGCCUUUGUGCCUUCUCCUAGACUUUCUUUGCUCAGGCUUCUCUUUCCGUCUGCUCGUUAAUAUAUAUUUCUUUCCGUCACUGCCCAAGGCUCAGGGCAUCUUC